UUAUUUUUUCGGUCAAGCUUAGGGUUUUUCGCGCAUACAAAUAUCAGGUUAUCCCAACUCAGCCUCCUUUCCGAAAAUAUGCAAAACAUUAUAUGAAUGAUUUUAAAUUUAACAACACACAACUAAUACACAUCAGACGUGAAGAUAUCUCCACUUUCAGUCUACAUUUUGUAGUUUCAGUUUUACUCAACGAAAAUGUCGAUUUCGUAAUUCGCACGGACCCAAAAAUCAUUCGCAUGGUCCACUCAUAAGCAAUGAUGACGCCAAAUCACCGGAACUGGGUACAUUUUACCCGUGGAAAUGAGUGUUACGGUAAAACAUUUACGCCACAGUUAUUCUCUCAAAAUGAACUCAGUGAUUUUAUUACGUGAUCAAGUUUGGUAUGAAGAGCAAUUUUACAAAGCGGUGGAUGAGGAAGGAUAUUGUUUUGAUCACAGCUGUUCCGAAGCUUAGUGUGGAAACUGAAAUGUGAAAUAUUUGUUUGUCCUCAAUAAAUGAAAGAUACAGAUUUUUUCAAGGUUAUGACUGUUUCGGAAAUUUAAGCUUGGUAAGGUAAUGUGUUAAUAGUCAAAGACUUCAUAGUUAACUGUAAAUCGUCAUAUUAUGAGGAAAUUUUGAAAUAGAUAUCAAGUUACACGACUAUUUUCGGAAUGAUUUUGAUUGUUGGGAUCGCCACAUGACAGAUGACUGGUGGACCUUAAAAAAAGAUUGUCAACUGGAAAAUUAAAAAAAAGCUCAUUAAAGGAGAUUUAUUGAAAUAUAACAUAUAAUUUUAACUUUUUAUCUUUAUUUCCUUGAAUGUACAUAUCUUUAUUUUUCUAAACGAAACUGACAUAAUAAAUAAAUGUGCUAUUUUAUUUUUUGGUUUUUGUAAUGUUAAAUGAAAACAAGGUUUUAAAAACAAAUGAGAGCAAAUCUUGCAAUAACAUUAAUAGUUUAAUGAUUUGUGAGAGCAAAUAAAUUAAAAAUUAUAUUCUUCUUCUUUACUGGCGUAGACACCGCUUACUCGAUUAUAACCGAGUUAACAACAGCGCGCCAAUCGUUUCUUUUUCGCAAAGUGGCGCCAAUUGGAAAUUCUGUACUUGCAACCCAAAAGAAACUUUCUACAGUUCCUCCCAACCCCCCGUGGAUCCGACCCUGUGCAUAGCAAUAGCUUGGUAAGCAAUAAAUUUUCGAGAACCGUUACAACAAAUACAUCACUUUAGUUAGAGAUCAUACCGAGGAAUAAAGCCAUAUUUUCAUAAAAAGGGUCCUAAGUAGUUGGGGCAACUACCAUAUAGUCUACGCAUUUCUUGUAUAUGCCUACGCAUUAUCAUAUUUUAUGUAUAUUCAAAAUCUUUUUUAUAGUAAGAUAAAUUAUUAUUUGCUUUACACCAUUCAUCUUAUUAUUAAUAUUUUUCAUCUAAUUCGAAAUAUCUCAAGUCUAUUUAUCUUUGUGUCAGAUACCAUAAAUUAUUGGACAAUGAUUUAAUCAACGUUUAAAUACCAUCGACAUAGAUUUUCCUGAACUCUAGAUACAUACAUAUGUAAAUAUUUUCAUAAACCUAUUUGGUUUCCGAUCUCUUCUACAUUAUAUUCUCAUCGAAUGAGUUUGUUGUCAGUUGUUUCAACUGAAGAGCUGCGCCCCAUAAUAUUAUGCAGCACCUUAUUUCAACAAAAGUAUAACAACUUUCUCACACUUCGAGGCAGGAAUUUUAAAGGGAUUUCAGUGCUUGUUUAUUCAUUAUUUUGUUUUGUAAAAAGUUGAGUUAGGAGUUACGUGGGCUUACGGGUUUCAAAAAAUAUAUUUUUUUAUUGUCUUAUUAAAUUCUUCAACACCUCUAGAAUAUUGUUUUAAAUUUUCCGAGUAAUAGUUUCAGAGAUACAGCCUUGAGAACUUGUGCGCUCAUGUAACCUUAAGUUUCUUAUACAACUAUAAGAAUCCUCUAUGACAUCUGCUUCUAUAGAGUUUCACUCAAUUUUUCAUAGAUUGAGUGGCUAUGGAUAAUACCAAACCGCAAAAUUUCUACUGAAGCAGAAGUUGGUUAUAUUGUAAACCAUGAUACGGAUGGGUUACAGCCCAAGCUAUCUAAAUGUUUACUCGAAUUAUUGCUUCCAUUGAUAUACUUGACGAACAGUAGUUGUUGUUUUGCCUCAUAAAACAUUUAUCGGGGUUCUGUGAUUAGAAUUACAAACAGAAUUAAGGAAUAUGUUUCCGGUUACUUAGGGCAGGACUCUAUUUUUAAAAUAUCUGCUCAGCAUAAAAUAGCAUUUGAUUAUACAAGUUUGAGAAAAUUAGCAAACCAUUUAAAAAGCUCUUUUGGUUGAUUAACACCGGAAAACUUUUCAUAUAUCAUAAAGUCCAUUGCGGGUCUGGAAGUAACAUAAUCUGAUAGUUUACUGACUAUCAUCUUAAUUCUUUAACACAAUACGAUCAAGAUCUUCCCAGUGGUGUUCGCGAAAUAUUGUAUGCAAAACUACUAAGAUAUUGCUCGUGCUUUUAUAUGAUAGGAACUAUGUAUACUCGUAUAAGUGUGCUUAGUUAAUCGAGAUGAAUAUGAAAGUGUAUUCACCGAAUUGUUUACAAAUUAUAUUGGAAAAGAAAUAGUGGCUAAAUAUUGAGAAUGAGGUCAAAACUAAACACAACAUAGAGCACUUCAUAACAAUACGAGCAUGGUCUUACAGAAUUUGGAAACAACGAAUAAAGUUGCUCGCGAAAUGCAAGAGCCGCAUACAUUUACACAGCAAAGUGUGAGAGUGCGGUGUGUGAAAAUAGCUAAAGAUGAGGACGAUCGGCAGCAACGAAAACGACGAAAACAAUGAUAGCAACAGCUGCGGUAGGAUCGUCGGAACGUCGGGUGAAUGGCUAACUGAACAUUUGUAGGCCGAACGAGCGAAAUACAUAUUUCGUUUUUCAUUUUUAAUACAGAAUUUUCAUUUAUUUUUAGAAAAAUCAAAUAUGCGUCUAUUUCGUUGGAUGGUAUACUCAAAAAGAAUCUCAUACGUACAAGGGGUAGUUGCACGCUGCGAUUGUGUAAAAUUUAUAGCGACAAAAUUUACAGAAACUUUUUGAUCGAGAGGAAAUAACAGUAAAUUAAUUAGAAAUUAACCGAGUUCAAGGUGGACGUGUAGUAUGUUUUGGUAACCAAUUUAAAGGUGUCAGUCCUCCCUGAACUGUGUCUAAUCGUGUGUGGAAAAGUAAGAACAUUCUAUACGCUGGUGACACUGUUGAAAAUGUGUUCAUUGUCUGCGUUGAAGUGUCCGCUUUGUGCACAGACAAAUUUUCCUAAUAUCGACGCCUUACGUGUCAGUUUAAUUAAGGCCGCAAAUGGACCGUUAGCCUGCCCCAUUUGUCAUGAGCUGUUUUUGGGUUUGGACAAGUUGACCAUACACCUAUUCAGUCAUACCACUGUCAUGAUGACCGAAACGUCAAAAGGGACCGUCGUCACAGAAGGCAGCAAACGAACAGAACAAUCAGAGAAAAAGGUCGAUAAUAAAUUAGAAGCAGAAGAGACACGUAUUUCCACAGGAGCGCCAUUGAAACGUGUCAGCAAGGAAAAGAAAACAAAGAAGACACAACAGCUCAUCGAAGAUACAACGAAGAUGGCGCAAAUCGAUAACAACACUUCAUUUUGUACGCAAGUCGCUGAUAGUACGAGCAGCCUUAUUGCUAAUGCGCCGGCUGCUAACCUUUCUACUUGUGAUAUUUGCGAGUUUACAUUUCGUGAUGAGGAACUACGCGACAUGCAUUUUCGUCUAGUACAUCAGAAUGUCAACAACAAUAGUGGUGAAUUUACAACUAACACCGCCUGCUCCACAGAACCCGAUUUCAAAUGUCAUCUUUGUUCAAAGACUUUUAAAAUGAAGGGUUCUCUGCGCGUACACCUCAAAGUAGUCCAUCUAAUGUGUCUACCUAAUACCGGCAAUAGUCCCAAAUUGAGCAUAUGUGAUCGUAUACGUCAUAAGGAGACGAAGCUUGGAGCCACUACCAACAAGAGUUCCACCAACCUAGCGCAACCCACCCAGCUGCAAGUUGAAAGUAACGGCACGCAAUUAAUGCAGUCCACAGCAACUCAACACCAAAUAACGUUCGCCGCGAAUGCGCCACAGUCGACGGCACAGGUGCCUAGCGGCUUCACAUUCGGUACCUUAACUUUAUUGCCGGCGCCAACGGUUGCGGCGAGUGCGUCCGGGAACCUGUUAAAUUUGAAUAAUAACGGUGAAUUACUGCACGCUGUGGACGGCACGGCUUUAAAUUCAAAUGUACUCUUAGUAAUCAACACAAACUCCACGACAGUGCCCGGUACCGAGAAGGCAUCCACAGUUGCCGGUGCCAAUAGCUUAUCCAAUGUAUUGAUAAAUGGUGGGAAGGAGCUAAUGGAGCAGCAGAGUAAAAACACAACAGAAAACAAUAAAUUGUGGAAGUGUAACGAGUGCGCCAAAACCUUUACCACAAAAUAUUUUCUGAAAAAGCACAAACGUUUACACACGGGUGAGAUGCCGUAUACUUGUGAGAUUUGUGCGCGAACAUUUACUUUCCAACAGUCAUAUCAUAAACAUCUACUCUAUCACAGUAAUGAGAAGCCACAUGUGUGCGCUACUUGUGGCCGCGCUUUCAAGGAGCUGUCAACUCUACAUAACCAUGAACGAAUACACAGUGGUGAGAAACCCUUUAAGUGUGAAGUGUGUGGUAAAUGCUUCCGACAACGCGUUUCAUUUUUGGUGCAUACCCGCAUCCAUACAGGCAUUAUGCCUUACAAAUGUGAGGUGUGUCAGAAGAGCUUUCGCUAUAAGGUCUCACAACGAACACACAAAUGCCUACCACAACAAUGCGCCACGGAUGAUGCUGUGGAAGAUGCCACACUUGGUAAUGAGGCGGGAAAUAAUAUGGAUAAGCACGCGCUCGAACAUACUACCGAUGAUAUAUCGGAGAAUUUCAUUAAAGAAUUUCUUGAGAAUACGCGCGUGAACAUAGGCGAUGCACAAAACUCACCAGCCAGUGCCGAAAUUGCUGCCAUAAACGCUGCAAGCGAUUGUAACGGUAACGACGAUGAGGCACUACUCACUAAAGCUAUCGAUGAUAUAAUCGAUGAAUCGUGCAAUAAAAUGGGCAUUGGUAAUCAGGGCGCCGGUUGUCAGCAUUUACCGUCCACAAAUAUGCAUACUUCUAUGGGUCCGCUGGUGGCCUGUAGUGAUGAUUGCAAUUCCCCAACUCAGAAAUUACAAAAUAUGCGCCUUUAUUCGCCACAGCUAAUGACAGGCAUGGUCGAUGGUGUUAGUGAUAAUACCGAUAAUAUAUUUCCACAAUUUCUACUAGACGAUGGAGGAAACAAUAUACUAUAAAAGCGUGCAUGGUGCCUUACUUCAGUAAAUGUUAUUAAUACGUAAAUCAUUGGUCUUCGAUAAGAUACUUCUUUGCUCGUUAAGCUCUCUUGCCAAAAAUUUGUAGAUAACUCGUAAAAGCGGUGACAAAGUUAUUUUCUGUUCCUCAUUAAAGUUGAGUAACUUUUUCGUAUUUUUCCGCUAUUUGAUUCUGCCAGUUGUUUUAUACCAGUUGUUUAUUCGAUUCGCUACUCAAGGUUUGCCGAGUCAAAAUCAGCUAUUGUUUAAUUAUAUACUAUGUUGGCAUUGUAAAAAGUGCAGUGAUAAUUAUUUAUAAAUAUAAUAGUUAAUAUUCCCACAAUAAUAACUUUGUUUUUAAGAAAUCAUACGUGUUAUUGCUUAUUGGUUUUGGGGGAUAUAAUUAUUUAGGCACUUUACAGACAGAGAACAAAACUAGGUUAAAUUUGCG